AUGAGUGGGCAACCCGAAGUGACCAAUAAAGCCUUAAAGAGAAUCUUGGAAAGAUCAGUGGGGAGCAACCGGAAAGAGUGGUCGGACAAACUAGAUGAUGCACUUCGGGCCUUCCGAACAGCUUUCAAAACACCUAUUGGUACUACACCAUAUAGACUAGUUUAUGGAAGGCAAUGUCAUUUACCGGUGGAGAUCGAGCAUAAAGCUUUUUGGGCUUUAAAAAUGUGUAACUUCAACAUCGCGGAGCUCAAGAACAACCAGUUGAUGCAAAUGAAUGCUCUUGAGGAACUUAGACAUGAUGCUUAUACUAGUUCUUUAAUUUAUAAGGAGAAAACCAAAAGUUGGCAUGACAAGAGGAUCAAGAGUAAUAAAGAGUUUCAUGAAGGGCAAAAGGUGUUGCUUUUUAAUUCAAGACUAAAACUUUUUUCAGGAAAACUCAAGUCAAGAUGGGAUGGUCCUUUUCUAGUAAAGAAGGUGUUUCCACAUGGUGCUAUAGACUUAAUAUGA